GAAAACUAACUUAUUCCUACGCAGAUGUUUUCAAUACUAGUAUAUUCAAAAUUAUUCAAGAAGGUGAAACGCAACAUAAACCCAGUUGAAGCUACACGAAUCAUCAAAAUGGGGAAAUACUCGAAGUUUACCGAUUUGGAUCACCAAGUGAAAACGUUUCGUUGGCCGUAUUGGCUGCUUCCAUUGCUGUUCUUGUCACUUCUUCUCGUUCUUGGAUUAUUUAUCUUCAUAACGAUUCACUCGGCCGAUCGUUUUGGUUGUCUUUUCCACUGCGAACAGAAGAUCGAUGAUGGUGGUGUUGUACCUCCAAAUGAUGGUCCUUUUGACAUUCGUAGAGGCGAUCACAACGUUACCGAACACGUUUCAACGAAAAAGCCAUCUACAGGCACAGACUCGGAUGAAAUGAUAAUGGGUUCGACUCCGACUCCAACUCCAACCGAAGCAACAACUCAGAUCACCGUGAAAGGAAAACUGCUAUUCCCAAGUGAUAGGGUUCCUGAUUCAAUCCCACCUAACUCUCACUUAAUCGUGAAGUUCGAAGACUCAAGUUUACAAGACGCUUCGUCUGUAGUCCUUGGAAAGACCCUGGUCGAUGCCAACACGUACAAGAAGGGUACUAAUCUAACGUACAAGAUCGUGUGCCCCAAACCAAAAAAUCAUCAUGAUUUCUACAGUGUCUCGGCUACUCUCAACAUGGGAUGGACGCCAACGAAAGAAGGCCCUUGGAUAAGACAUGGAGACCUUUUUACCGAUACCAUGUACGACGUGAAAAUCAAAAACAACGUGACUGUCUAUGAAAAAGAUAUCACCUUCGCUUACUUGGACUAAAACAUGGUGAAGAACUGACUUGUACAGAUGCAGAUAUAUGGUAAACAUAACUAAUAAAAUACUAGGCCUUGAAUGUAGACAUUUAGAUGCAUUUAAGUUUUCUUGUUUUUUGGUGCCCAUACAUCCAUCAAAUUUACAAAAGCCUUAUCAUACUUUUGUAGUCUUUUGAUUGAUGGAAGCCAUCAAAAGCCAAGACUUCUAAAAGUUAUGGAGGUCAUACAAACAUAAGAAUUUAAGUGCUCUAAAUUAUAGUUUAGUAUAAAUUCUUAGACACAGGGGUUUCAUUAAGGGUUGAAGAUCAGAGAAUGCUCUGGUAAAUGAGAAAAAAUUCCCUAGCUUAAACUACCCUUUUAUAAUGCUUAGCUUUAAUGCCACUUAAUAUUCACUUUACUUUCACUCUCUUUAAUGAAACCCCUGUAAGAUAGAGCUGUUUUCUGACAGCACAACGUGCAAAAGUAUGACCACACUGCUAAUGCAUUUGCAUACUUCUAUGCACAGGUUCUGUACGUUAAACCAACAUAUUUCGCUGCGAAGCUUGCUGGUUUUACCAAAUAAGGCUCGUAACAGCUCAUUUGUUAGCCAAAAGUCCAUACAUAGAAGUUUGCAGAUACAAUAAAUGUGGUCAAUUUUGCACAUUGAGCUGUAGUUAUAGUGGGAAAUGAACAGUAAUGACUAUCAAACAGCUUAUUAACUUUGAAAUAUGGCUUUCCAUUGUUUAUUAUCCAUUAUCCAAUGAGAAUUCCUAUUUAAAGUUACAGUAAAGUGCAUCGUGGUAUAUGUUACUGCGGCAAAUUGUCAUUCGUCAAUAAAUUGUCUUAUAGACCAACAAUAUGCAUAUUCAUAAUAAACCUUAUGUCUUUAGUAGAUUUUAGUUUGUAAUGGUUGUAGCCGAUAAAAAAAAAAGAAUUCAUUAUGAAGAAUUUUAGCUUGAAUGUGAAAGAGCAAAACUAAAGUAAGUGUUAAAAGGCAAUUUUAAAUGCAAGUUUUAAGGCCAUUGUUACAAUAAAAUACACUAAUUUAUAAAAAAUAAUKCAAUACUAUGAAUUGGUUAUUAUAAGAAAAUUAUCCUUAUUGAGUUAAUAUGUAAUCCUCACCAGUUUUAAAUAAAUGUAUACUUUAAUGGAACUGUGAAUAAAGGUGUUUCGUAGUGUUUA